AUGAAGUCGAUCGAACCAAAUGCAUCGAACAGUAGUUCAAAUAAACCACCACCUUAUCCUGUUGAAAGUUCAACAGUGAUUAAUAAUUCACCAAUACUUGAUCCAAAUACAACUGAUUUAGUCACUGCUGUUCAAUAUGGUUUUUAUGAUCGUGUUGUUGAAUUAAUUGAAACUAAUCCACAACUUGUAACAGCAUCACUUGAUGAUAAAAUAACAUUACUUCAUUGGGCAGCAAUUAAUAAUCGAAUUGAUAUAGCUAAAUAUUUAAUAAAUAAAGGAGCAAAAGUUGAUGCUAUUGGUGGUGCACUUAAUUCAACACCAUUAUAUUGGGCUAUACGUGAUGGAAAAUUAGAAAUGACUGUAUUUCUAUUAUCUUGUGGAGCACAAACUUCUUUAGUUGAUGGUGAAGGUUUUUCAUGUAUACAUAUAGCUAGUAUAUUUGGUCAUACACCUAUUGUUGCUUAUUUAAUAGCUAAAGGAGAAGAUAUUAAUUUACCUGAUACACUUGGUAUUACACCGUUAAUGCAUGCUGCUUAUCGUGUGAGAAAUCGUGAUCCAACUCAAUUACUUGUUCGACUUGGUGCUUCUGUACAUGAACAAAAUCCAAAUAAUAAAUAUACUGCUCUUCAUUAUGCUAUAUCUGGUAAUAAUUCUGAAGCUAUUCGUGUACUACUUGAUGCUGGUGCGAAAACUAGCAUACGUAAUGCUGAUAAUGAAGAUGCAUUUGACCUUGCAGCUAAAUCAACUCAAGCUCGUUAUUUAGUAUUUCUUUUAAGUCAAUUAACUUCUUCAAAUACUUAUUUGCCAAGAUGGUUACAAGUUGAUCGUUCAAUACGUCGUUUAGGAACAAAAGCCUUACCAUAUAUUAUUCUUAUAAUUGUUGCAUAUAUUCUCGAUUUAAGUCUAUGGUUUAUUUAUAAAGGUUUUCUUAUGCUUGCAUUGUUUUUAUUGACACGUGGUUAUAUAUUUGUAUUCUUUGAUGAAGAUGUAAAUCGAUAUUUACCAAUAGCUAUAGCACAAGCAUCUAUAUUUUGGCUCUAUGCAUGCUAUUUAUAUUAUUUUCUACCAUAUGUACAUGUAAUGUCCUUUAAUUUUCUUGGUCUUGCUAUAUUUACAUAUUUUUCAUGGCGUACUUAUUAUCUUGCACAAAAAGUUGAUCCAGGUUAUAUUGUAACGAGUAGUGAACAACAACAUCGAAUAAUUAUUCAAUUAAUUGAACAAAAUUUAUUUGAUAGUGAACAUUUUUGUACAUGGUGUCUUGUUCGACGACCAUUAAGAUCAAAACAUUGUCGAGAAUGUCGAAGAUGUGUAGCAAGAUUUGAUCAUCAUUGUCCGUGGGUUGAUAAUUGUGUUGGUGAUAAAACUUUACCAUAUUUUACUGGUUUUGUAUUUUUUACACCAUUAUGUCUUUGUUUUUUUCUUUAUGGUGCUUAUAUAUAUUUUCGACUUCAUUGCAAUAUAUUAUCAUUAGAAACAAUAAUAGAAAUAUUUCAUUGUAAACCAUCGGUAAUAUGGUUUACAGCAAUUGCAUUUUGUCAUACUAUGUGGAUUAGUGGUCUUUGUAUAACAGUUCUAGCUCAAGUUGUAGUUGGUUUUACAACAAAUGAACGAUUUAAUUUUUGGCGUUAUAAAUAUUUGAAAUCACCAACGGUAACUCCAUUUUCAUUUGGUUGGAAACAAAAUUUAGUUGAUUUAAUUAAUCGACGUAUACUUUGGUAUGCGCCAUCAAAUAUUGAUUGGACAUGUAUUUAUACAAUAGAUGAUUUUAAUGAAUCAAUUCCAGUACGAUUAAAACGAACGACAAAUUCGUCUUCGAAUAAUUCUUCAAAAUAUCCAUUCGAUGUUUGA